UUUAGCCACGCAAGCAUAGCCGGUGACCAAACCGAAACUAACAGUCACUAAACCUUCGGUUUCCACAUUUUCUCGGUCGGCUUCGGUUUGUGUUUCUCCAGAAACUGACAAUGUCGGUCGGUGACUGAACCGAUGAAAAUCUUUAGCCACCAACUGACGGACAACCAUAGUCGCUGGCGUGUGCUCGACUUUGUUUUGCAAUAACAAAGGUAGUUUCCCCGCUUUUCGGCUUUGGGUUUCCCACUUAGUUAGGUUGUCUACCGAACAAAGAUCUCAAGGCCAACAAAAGUCUAAAACCCAAAACCCUCAAAAGUUUCCGUCUGCCGAAGAAAACAAACAUGUCUAAGAUGUUUCUAUCUCGUAUCAAACCUUCUCAAGUACCCAGUUCUUCGUCACCCCAACUAAGGAAACUAGUCCAUGACACGAUCCAUAUUCUCCAAACCAACCACCAAUGGCAGAAUUCUCUCCGCACCCACUUCGACCAAUCCGACGUUCUUGUCUCCGACGUCGCCCAUUUGGUCUUGGACCGCGUCCCCAGCGCACAGUUGGGUCUGAAGUUCUUCCACUGGGGGUCGCAGAGCCCCCAUUUCCGCUUCUCAAAUGGGCUAGCCUACUCUUCGCUUUUGAAGCUCUUGGCCAGGUCUAGAGCCUUCUCGGAGAUCGAACCAGUGAUGGGCAAUAUGAGAAUUGAAGAAAUAAAGCCGACACUUGACGCGCUGAGUCUUCUCGUCCGCGCUCAUGCCGAUUCGGGUUUGGUCGAUAAGGCCCUUGAGUUUUACUUCAAGGUGGUUGAAAUGUACGGUCGUGUGCCUAGCGUUGUCGCCUGUAAUUCUUUGCUUGAAGCGCUUGUGAAGCGAAGGAGAUUCGAUGUUGCACGGAAGGUGUAUGGUAAAAUGCUUACGAGAGUUGAUGGUGAAAUUGACCACGUGGAUAAAUACAGUACUAGUAUUAUUGUGAAGGCUUUGUGUAAAGAAGGGAGAAUUGAUGAAGGAAGGAAAUUGAUAGAGGAUAGGUGGGGAGAGGGUUGUGUCCCGGACGUGCCAUUGUAUAACACGCUUAUUGAUGGCUAUUGCAAGAAGGGUGAUGUGGGAAGUGCGUAUGCGCUUCUUGAGGAGUUGAAGUCGAAGGGGUUUUUACCGACGUUGGCGGGCUAUGGACCUGUUGUAGAUGGGUUUUGCAAAGAAGGUAAUUUUAAAAUGAUUGACCGGCUUUUGGCAGAAUUGAAGGAGAGGGGUUUGAUUAAUGUUGAUAUAUAUAAUAAUGUUAUAGACACAAGAUAUAAGCACGGUUGUGCAGUCGAAGCUGUGGUGACAGUGAUGGAAAUGGUUGAGAAUAACUGUGAGCCUGAUCUUAAAACCUAUAACAUCCUAAUUGCUGGAUCAUGUAGGCUUGGAAGGCUUAAGGAAGCCAGUCAACUUUUGCAGCUAGCAAGGAAGUGGGGAUUGAUGCCGGAUAAGUUUUCCUAUACUCCUCUUCUACAUGCUUAUUGCAAGCAAGGAGAGCACUCUAGGGCUUUAGAUAUUCUUGCUGAGAUGACAGGUAAAGGAGCUGCAACUGAUUUGGGUUGUUAUACAGCUCUCAUUCAUGGACUUGUUGUUGCUCAAGAUGUUGAUAUGGCGUUAACUAUCCGGGAAAAAAUGAGGGACAUAGGACUAGUGCCUGAUGCUCAAAUUUAUAAUGUUUUGAUUAAUGGAGUUUGCAAGGAAGGCAGGCUUUCUGAUGCGAAGCUGCUGCUUGACGAGAUGCUCGAUCUAGAUAUACCACCUAAUGCAUUUGUUUAUACCACUUUAGUAGAUGGCCUCAUUAGGAAUGGCAACCUUGAAGAUACGAGAAAAGUCUUCGAUCUCGCAAUUGAAAAGGGCAUACACCUAGAUGCUGUGGCAUACAACGCUAUGAUUAAAGGUUUUUGCAAAUUUGGUAUGAUGAAAGAUGCACUAUUGUGCAUGAAUAAAAUGAGAGAAGAGCAUCAUUUUGCAGAUGACUUUACCUAUUCCACAAUUAUUGAUGGGUAUGUGAAGCAACGUGACAUGGAUGGCGCACUGAAGGUUUUUGGAAAUGUGGUGAAAACGAGAGGCAAGGCAAAUGUCGUCACCUACACUGCCUUGAUCAAUGGGUUCUGUAAUAGGCAGGAUUUUAGAGGAGCCAUAAAAACUUUCAAGGAAAUGCAAGCUCAUGGUUUGGAGCCUAAUGUGGUCACGUACAGUAUAUUUAUUCGGAGCUUUUGUAAGGAGGGUAAACUUGCAGAAGCAGCCUUCUUCUUUGAACUAAUGCUGAUGAAUAAGUGCCUUCCCGAUAAGGUUACUUUCCAUUAUCUAGUAAAUGGGUUCAAAGAUUACACACCCGGUGCAACUCCGAAUCGAAUGGAGGAAUCUGAGGACAAUAGAAAGUCAAUGUUUCUCGAUUUUUUGGAAAUGAUGAUAUCAGAUGGAUGGGUUCCUAGUACUGCCGCUUAUAAUUCCAUCUUGAUAUGCCUUUGCCAAUACGGCAUGGUUAGAACUGCGUUACAAUUGCGCGACAAGAUGAUAAGCUCGGGCAUGUUUCUAGAUUCAGUUUCUUUUGCUUCCCUACUACAUGGCCUCUGCAUGGAAGAGAGAUCACAGGAGUGGAAGAAUAUAAUCCCAUGUGAUCUGAAUGAGCAAGAACUUCAAGCAGCUCUUAAGUACUCACUUAAGAUGGACCAGUACUUUUGUGAAGGAAAAACUUCCAAGACUACUCUAAUUUUGCAGUCCUUGGUUGCAGGCUACAAAUCUUCUGAUCAGGAAGUGGAAGUUUAGAAACUAUCAACAAUAUAAGACAA